AUGGCUGUCCUGAUAGACUGUCUGGAUGAGAAGGUGCCGCUGAUAGUCAAUUGCGAGGCUAAAAUGCACACCAUUAUCAAGGACAUCUCUCAUCGCAAGAUCACUGGCCGCCGAGAGGAUGUGCGCGUGAGUUUGAUGGAGUUGGACUCGAUUGCACCCGGGCGUAAUUUUGGGGCCAAAUUGGACCCAAAGGUGAAGACGACUCAG